AUGGAUAAAUCUUGGAUUAACAAAUAUAGGGAUACUUUAAAGUAUGAAUUGGGUGUUGAAAACUUCUUGCUUUUUGCUGAAGAGAAUGCUAGUAACCCUAAGAAAAUUCACUAUCCUUGCUCAAAAUGUGUAAACUUCAAAGAGAAGUCAAUUAAAGUCAUUAGGGGACAUUUGUAUGCUUAUGGCUUUAGUUUGAGCUACACAAACUGGAUGUGGCAUGGAGAACCUACUUUGUCCUCCUGUGCUAGUGCACCUAGUGGUUUAGGCAUACCUCAAAACCCUCAUUUUGGUUAUGAAACUAUUGAUAUUUGUCAAGUAGCCUUUAAUGAAGGUGAUUAUGAUGAGGAGUCCUAUGAGUUCAAUAAGUUUGUUGAGGAAGCAGAAAGAUCAUUAUUUGAGGAUAGUGAACACACCAAGUUAGAUGCAUUGGUGCAACUUCACAAUUUGAAAGCUAGAUUUGGUAUGAGUGAUACUUGUUUUUCUGAGUUACUUGCCACUGUUGGGUCUUUGCUUCCAAAAGAUAAUGUACUGCCUCAAACUCUAUAUGAGGCAAAAAAAACCCUCACCAAUUUGGGGCUGCAAUAUGAGAAAAUACAUGCAUGUCCUAAAGACUGCAUAUUGUAUAGGAAAGAGUUUUCUGAUGAAACCACUUGCCCCAAGUGUGGUGUCUCUCGUUGGAAGUUAAAGAAAGAUAAAACUGUUAACGUGGGAUUUAAGCGCAUGUUUAAAUCUGCUACAAUUGCUGAAAUGCUUACCUGGCAUGAUGACAAGCGACCUAAAGAUGGAUACAUGCGCCAUCCAGCCGAUUCUCCUGCUUGGAAGUUGGUUGAUUAUAAGUGGCCGGAAUUUGCUAGUGAAUCAAGAAAUCUUAGGUUGGCAUUGUCAGCAGAUGGUAUUAAUCCACAUAGCUCUAUGAGUAGUAGAUAUAGUUGUUGGCCACCGGGAAAUGACAUAAAUAUCUACUUAGAGCCAUUGAUUGAUGAUCUGCGAACUUUAUGGGAUGGUGUUAAUGAUGUGUAUGAUGCACAUACGAAAGAGUACUUCACUCUUAGAGCAGUUUUGUUGUGGACUAUUCAUGACUUCCCUGCAUAUGGAAACUUAUCGGAGUGCACCACUAAAGGGUACAAAGCAUGUCCAAUAUGUGGUGACAAAACUUUUGCCAUACAUUUGGCCCACUAUAGGAAGAUGUCUUAUGGUAGCCACUAUAGUGUUGCUGCUUGCUUAGAUAUGCUUCAAAUGGGUGUUAGACAUAAUUUGGGUCUGAAAAUUGGGGAGAAAAGAACAUAUUUUCCUGCUGCCCCGUAUACUUUGUCGAGGGCAGAGAAGAUAAAAAUGUGCACUUCUCUAUUGUUCAUGAAGGUUCCUGAUGGUCAUUCAUCAAAUAUAAAAAAUUUGGUGUCCAUGGAUGAUUUGAAGUUAUAUGGUUUGAAGUCUCAUGAUUGCCACAUGUUGAUGCAACAAUUGCUUCCGGUGGCCAUUCGUUCCGUGCUUCCCAAACAUGUUAGAAUUUCUAUAAUGAGGCUAUGCUUCUUCUUUAAUGCUUUGUGCACUAAAGUAGUUGAUGUAUCAAAAUGGAUGUACCCUUUUGAGCGUUUCAUGAAAGUAUUGAAGGGGUAUGUUCGCAAUCGGUUUCAUCCUGAGGGUUGCAUAGCUGAGAGUUAUCUUGGUGAAGAAUCUAUCGAGUUUUGCUCAGAGUUUUUACAAGAAUGUAGUACAAUUGGAGUUCCUAAGGGACCAUGUAAGCUCUCUGGCCCACUUUCUGGUGCGAAAUUGAAGUCAUUGGCUGAAGAAGAGAGAGACCUGGAACAUCUUCAUGUACUGUCCAAUAAUGCUGAAGUGGAUCCAUAUAAGACCACACACAAGAAGAUUUUCGAACAGCUUUACGUGGGGAAAAAGAAGAGUAAAAAGUGGCUAUUGGAUGAGCACAAUUGUACCUUUGCUGAAUGGUUUCAAUCCAAGGUGUCGGCUAAAAUUAAGGAAAGGUCUAACGGUGUUUCACAAGCAUUGAGGUGGUUGGCUGGAAAACCAAGUUUUACAGUGUUUACUUAUGAAAGGUAUCGAUAUAAUGGAGUUAAAUACUUCACAAAGCAGCGGGACAAUGCUAGAGUUGUCCAAAAUAGUGGUGUGACUUUAGUUGCAAAGACGAUGCAAGUUUCGAGUGCCAAGGAUAAAAAUCCGGUUGAGAGUGAUAUGACAUUUUAUGGGGUUAUUGAAGAGAUUUGGAAGCUCGAUUAUCAUGACUUCAAAGUUCAUUUUUUUUAUGUAGAUGGGCAAAGAAUGAAAAAGGAAUUAAACAAGAUGAGUUUGGUUUUACGCUGGUCAACCUUAAUCGGCAGGGCCAUAAGAAAGACAAGUUUUGCCUUUGCUGGUCAAGUGAAACAAGUUUUUUAUGUGGAAAAUCCUCUUGAUGUCGAGUGGUUAGUUGUAAUGACGACCCCAAAUAGAGAUUAUUGUGAUUGUUUAUAUGAAGAUGAUCUAGGGGACACCUCUAUGGAACAUCAACCAUUUUGUGCGGAAAUACCUUUGCCUUGUGAUGAAGAUGAGAAUAAGGCUGAUGCAACUUAUACGAGAGAGAAUGUUUAG